AUGGCUCUCGGCGCUCGCGAAGACCUCGGUGACGCCCGAUUCGUUGGGAUCGAGACGCUGAGCGAUAGUGGAUCGACGCCGGACGCGUGUGUGCGUCGAGCGCUGACGAGGGGGUUCGAUUUCGUCAGCGUCAGCGUCGCGAUCGAUGAAUUCGCGACAUCGGUCGAUCCUUCAACGUACCCCGCAAAGCCGCUCACGCACGGUGAUCGCGCGCUGAGCGGCUCAGAGUGGUCCACGCGCGUUGUCCUUCGAUGCUCGCCCGAAGUGGAGCGCUUGGCGGGUGCUGGAGACGCGAGAGGGACGCGAGCGUUGAAUCGCGAGCUGAAGUGGGCGGCGCACGUCGGCGCGCACGCAGUCGCAAUGAACAUCAACGCGGGCGAUCCAACAUUGAUUGGACGAUUGUUAGGAAGUCACGUGGCGUCGGUUGGGGAGACGACGCGCGUUUGGGCGCGGACGCGGAUGAGCGGUGACAAGGCGUUUGAUGACGACGCGUAUCGUCGAUGGGCGGCGACGAGUGCGGCGUGCGACGAAAAUUCAAACGUUCGGGCGUAUUUACAUAUAACCGGGGCGCCGAAGGAAAGACGGGAAUGGGAGCGGUGGUUGGGCGAGCGCGUUGCGGCGUGCGCGCUGAGUGUGGACUCGUUCGUGCCCAAUGCGCGAGGGUUUCCGGUGUUGCCGAAGGAACUGCAAGCGCUCGUACGGGCAAUGUUUGAGCGUGGGAUUCAGGUCGUAUUGACAGACUAUAACGAAAGUGGUGUUGCGGCGAAGAAAAUUACCCCGGAGAGUGUCGAGAACGAGGGCGAGCGCGUGAGCGGUGACGCUGCGCAUUCGUUUCGACUGUAUUGGGAGUACCUUGUGUACAUUUUUCGCGGCAUCGAGCCGCUAAGCGAGCAAGCACUCGCAGAGGUGCCCUAUCGCGACCACCUCCAGGCCCCGCUUCAACCACUCAUGGAUAAUCUCGAGAGCGUGACGUACGAAACAUUCGAGCGCGACGCCAGCAAAUACAUCCAGUACGAGGAAGCGGUGCGAUGUGCCCUUCUCGACGUCGUGGACGAAGACCAGGAGGGCACGGUGAUGGUCGUCGGUGCCGGUCGCGGGCCCUUGGUGCGCGCGUCCCUUCGCGCUGCGGAGCGCGCGAGAAGGAAAAUCAUAGUGUACGCACUCGAGAAGAACCCCAACGCCAUCGUCACGCUGCAACAUCUUCUCGUCGAAGAGGGGUGGCAAGAAGCGGUGCACAUUAUCCCCGGCGACAUGCGCACCGCAAAGUUGGAUGCCAAGGCAGACGUCCUGGUCAGCGAGCUGCUGGGGAGUUUCGGCGAUAACGAGCUGAGCCCAGAGUGUCUGGACGGCGCGCAAAGAUUUUUGAAGCCGACAGGGGUGAGCAUCCCUCGAUCGUACGAGUCUUUCAUCGCACCCAUUGUUUCCGCAAAGCUGCAUGACGCCGUCGUCGCGUGCAAGGAUAAAAAGGCACUUGAGACUCCGUACGUGGUACAGUUUCACAAGACUUUUAGCAUCGGUGGGCCCAAGAGCGUGUGGAAGUUCGAGCACCCAAAUCAUGAUGGCUGUAUCGAUAACGAACGUUACGCGCGAGUGUCGUGGUCGCAUAGUGAGAUAGGCGACAUUUCCACGACGCUUCAUGGCUUUGCGGCGUACUUUGACUCGACGCUCUACAACGGACCAGCUGGUCACGUGCGCUGCAGUAUUCAUCCCGCAAGCCACACGAUGGGGCCGACGGGCGAGCCGAUGUUUUCGUGGUUCCCAAUGUACUUCCCAAUCCGAUCGCCCAUUCUCAUAGACAGUCGCUCUGCGUCUUCAAUUGAGUUUGUGAUUUGGCGUCGCGUCGACGUGCACAAAAUGUGGUACGAGUGGGCGGUGACGGCGCCGAGCAGAGGCCACGUUCAUAAUCUUAAUGGUCAAUCGUAUUGGAUCGGGUUGUAG